UUCAACGCGAUCGGUCAGUCCAUGGUGCCCGUAAGGAGUAUCGGUCACCCUUCACAGAACUUAUCCCUGCACACAUACACAAGUGAAACUCUUUAAUUUCACGCUACUUUACCACCAUUCAGUAGACCGCUCAAGAACCGGAGUCAGUUUCGUGCGUGUUGUUGUUCAGUUCCACACUUCCAGCAGCAUAAAUCCCGAAACGACGAACAGUAGAAUAUGUUGCGUUGAUUGGGUGGUGAACGGUUCUCUCCUGGAGGAAGUGCGCUUCAAUUGAACUUAUUAAUCAAUCAGCAUGAAGCUGCUACUAGAAGUACUGUUAGUGAUUUCCCUAUUCGGUUAUUGCCACGUCGCACCAGCAUUUGGCGACGCGUUUCAAGUUGGAACCGAGCAAACUUACAACUAUCUGAAUGAGGUUCGUACUGGAAGCGCAAGCAACGCAUCGCAUACGGUCGGCUACAACGUUCGAGCCCAAAUCCACGUGGCCACCGUUUGGGGAGACGACGAACACAAACUUUUACGCUUAAAGAUCAACAACCCUGUACUGGUCACAACUCCGGGUGAUGUUAGUCAGCGAACCACUCUUUCAAGCGUGGAUUCCAUUCCGUUCUAUGUCUAUUGGAACCUUGGCCAGGUGAAAAAGUUCUACACCAGCAAGAACGAAGAUGUUACUCUAAAUAACUUCAAAAAGGGUGUGGCAUCGCUGUUCCAAUAUCAACUCCUGGACGGUCAAUACACCGAAGUGGAUCCGUCGGGAACAUGUGACGUUCAGUACACAUCCCAUUCAUCCACUCGGUAUCAUAAGUCGAAACGUAACUGUCAAUUUACCGGGGAUAGAUUCGAGCGUACUGAAUACCCAUUACGGAGCCUGGUCAAAUCUUCACGUAGCGUUGAUUUUACUGUUAGCACUGAGGGAUCCCUAGAAAAAGUUGUAGCACAAGACUAUCUUAAAUAUUUGGUGAACGCUUAUGAUAGAUUUGGGGCUUUCGUGGAAUCGAUCACCAGGUUGGAGAUCGACAGUAGCUCCAAUAAAGUGGACACAGUUAAGGGCGAAACUGUUGAUGAUGCUUUGAAGUCUUUUGGCGUGAGCGAACACACGCUCCAAUCGGAAAAAUAUGUACCAAAAUGUGACACAUCGAACUGCGAAACUUUCGUAAAACUUGUCAAAAACUUCAAAACAAGCUUGACUAACGAUCGCAUCGGUAAACAGGACUCAUCUAGCGCCUUGCUUAAACUAGUUCAGCUUGGACGUGCGACUUCAACCGAAGAAUUCCUGCGCGUUCUGAAGGCCAAAACUAUGCAAGACCAGAAAGCACAAUUGUUGGAUCUGCUUGGUGCCGUGCAAACUACAGCAUCCCAUGAAGCCGCUAAAAACCUACUGGUUUACGAGUCGGACGAAGACAUGUUUCUGGCGGAACGCUACUUGCAAGCACUGGCUGUCGGUAGCCGACCCAACAAAGCAGUCAUAGAAGACGUACUGGCAAUGGCCGAGAAUAAACCCACGGAUCCACGGUAUUACGAUACACUGGUGCAGACAGUAGCCUCAAUGGGACAUCGUUAUGCCAAGUUACCCGGCAAUUCUUACGAUACUGAUGUGGUCGAUAAGGUGCAAAACUAUCUGAUCAGACAACUGAAUUCGUGUUCAAAGGACAAGUGUAAGCAACGAUUCAUUCGAGGAUUGCACAAUCUCAAGUCGCCGAAAACGCUGGACGCUUUGGUGAAACUAGCUUUGGAGGGAAGUUCGAAGGUUAGUGUGUCUGCAAUGAAAGCACUACGAUCAUUCUCUGUAUUUCUGUGGAACGAUGACUUCCGAGCCACAUUCGAGGAUAUCUUUUUCCAAGUUUCAAAGAAAUUUGAUUCCAGUGCCCGAGCGCUAGCCCUGGAUAUUCUUCUGGACAUCAAACCCGAUUUUGAAGAACUUACCCAUCUGGUACAACUUUUAAAAUCAAACGACAAAGCCUACGAAGUAAAGCAAUAUCUACUACAGAAGCUUCGGAUGCAAGCUGACCGUUGUCCAGAUUUUGCAGAAAUGCUUCAGAGGAUAAUCCAAAAUGACCCUAAGUUAAACAACUAUCAUGUAAUCGGUGCCAAAGGUUUAUCAACAGCAUUGACUCGAACUUACUCGACCGUGCCUUCGUUUAACGCUUCGCUCGAGUCGCUACAAGAAAUGAGUGGAGGUGUGUUGAAGCGGGGUGUUGUAGAUUUAGCUCUAGAAGUCGGCGAAGAAAAAUUCAGUAUGUUUACUCUGGGUUUAUUUGCCGGAGGUCUCUCUUCCUUCGUCAGUAGCGGUGAUAGCGAGGAUAACGAAGAUGACUCGGAAUCCAUCGCCGGUAUGGAGCUAAGCGUACAGGGGUCUGUUCUACGGCCACUGAUAUUUUUCGAUGGAAAAGGAGAAUUAAUGGGACACGUUUGGAGUGGGACCGCUUCUGAACCGACCCCGGCCUAUCAGGCGACGACGUUGCUACAGGACAAUGAAGAAAUAUUCCCUCUACAAAAUGGAGGUAUCGUCAAACUCAGUACGUUGGGUUCCAUUUCCAUUGAUCUGAAUGGCCAAGUGACCAUGAGCCUGUGGGGUCGAAAUGCUCAUUCCAAAGUUGAACAAAAUACCGCGAUCGCUGUGGCCGGCCGCCUCUCGUUAGACACCGCAUUCGUGUCCCUUGCGGUAGAUUUCGAUGUCAGACAGGAGCCGCAACUGCACCUCACAUCAGAUUUGGACUUUUCCUCUGAUCCUGUGCUCUGCAUGCAAUUGAUGCAACCAAGCAGUAUCCUCAACAAGAAGGUUGUAAAAGCUGUCUCCGUUCCUGGUACCAAAUAUCGUAAGGUUCAAACCACGAAAGUAACGCACAAAGUGCCCGGCUGCACACACGCGCUCAAUCAGAAAAACAACGACAUGUGCAACCUGACUGCCAAAAGCUGAUCCCAGCCAAAACAGGGCUUGUCUCCGAAGAUAAGUGGUACCUUUCUGCUUCCAAAAAUUACCGUUUAAUGUUAUGAUGAACUGAAAAGAUUAUUAACGCGAGACGUGACGUGAAUUAUCGCUAGUUUGUACAUGUUGCUGUUGGUUGGUUACUAAUAAAGAUUAGAUUUCCUACAAUUGUGCUUAAAACCAGAAAAGUUUUAUUUGAAAUAAAAUCUUGACAUUACA